UAACUAGUACAAGUGGAAGUGCCCCUUUUAUAAGUCAAGUCCAGUCUUCGUCUCUUUUCUUGCCGGAUGUUUCUCAUUCAUUUCGUCCUGGAGUAUUUUGAUUCUAUAUUAGUUUCUAUGUUCGUUUGAGCAGAGGAAACAGAAAUGGGCCAACAGGGGUUUCAGUUUUCUCAGGAAUUUCAGCCCCAAAGAUCGGCUCUUCUCCACAAGGCUAGAUAUUUGGAGGAGGCCUUUGAGGCUGGGAAGACCCAUUUGGGGCACAACCAAGAUAUGGAUUCUUUUGAGCCCUCAGAUUUUCUUUGCUUUAAUGAUGAAUCUGAUGCCUCUUCUGUGGAGAACCAGGAAAUCCUGCUCAAAUCCAAAGCGAGCAGUCCACUUGAAGGGAGACCCUCUUCUUGUAUUUCUUCGCCCAUCGUCGAAUCGGACCAGUCUAGUGUGAGCCCACCACAGAUUUCACAGCCCACUCCAAACAAUCAGAAAACCAAGAAGACCAAGGCAGAGCGAUCGAUCAGAUAUGCCUUCAAGACAAGAUCUCGUCUGGACAUUCUGGAAGACGGGUAUAAGUGGCGAAAGUAUGGAAAGAAAUAUGUGAAGAAUAACAUUAAUCCCAGGAACUACUACCGAUGCUCGCACAACAAUUGCAGUGUGAAAAAGAGAAUUGAACGAGAUGCUCAGGAUAACGAAGUAGUGAUAACAACGUACGAGGGAAAGCACAAUCACGAAAGUCCCACGGUUGUCUAUUACAUUGGAAAGCCUUCAAUGAUUGUACCACAGCAGGGUUCGUGUUUGGAGCAUUUUCCUUCUCUGCUCUCUUACACCCCACAUGGCCAAACAGAUUUCAUGUUUAUCAAUGGCACUUAGGUGGUUUACUUCCACUCUAAUUAUCACACUGAUUUGUUGUAAAUAUAAAGCAAACAUCUUACUACUAGUACUAGAGAUCUGUAUUUUUUCUUCCCCCCUUUUCCUGGUUACCCGGUUUUGGAUUGUUCUGAACCGGAAUAAGGCUACUGUAUGAGAUCUGUAUUUUUCCUUCCCCCCUUUUCCUGGUUUCCAGAAUUGGAUUGUUCUGAACCGGAAUAAGGCUACUGUAUGGAUUGGUUAUCAUAUAUAAAUGAUCAAGUUUUCGUGAUAA